UACUCCACAUUAACAUAUUAAAAAAAAAAAAGAGUAAGCUUAUACAGAAAAUGGAUAAUAAUAUCCCUGAAGCUGAAACUGUGAGAAAGAGAGUAAUAAUCAAAGAGCUUCUAAAGGGUCAAGAAGCUGCAACCAAACUCAGAUUUCUUCUUCAAAAUGACAAGAAUCCAUUUGGUGAUGGCUCUCUCUUAUCGUACAAACUUGCUUCAAAUGUGCUUAGAUCUUUCACAGAAGCUCUUUCUAUUGUCUCACAGCCAGGUUGUGAUGAUUUUCUGAAUCUGCUAAACUCCGAGCCGGUGGCGGUAGGCGGCGGCAUUGAUCCACCGUCUGGAGAUUCAGCUGGUAGUGUUGUUAAGAAGACUUCAAGAGGUUGCUACAAAAGAAGGAAGUGUGCAGAGACAUGGAGCAUAGUUUCCCAAACCCUUGUUGAUAAUCAUUCAUGGAGAAAGUAUGGACAGAAAGGGAUCAUGAAUUCUGAAUACCCCAGGAGUUACUUCAGGUGCGCAUUUAAGCAUGAUCAAGGUUGCUUAGCAAUCAAACAGGUGCAAAAAACACAAGACAAACCUGAUAUGUAUGAAAUUACAUACAUUGGCAUUCACACAUGCAACACCACUCCUAAUAAUGAGACAAUGUUUCUUGUGGAUUCUGAUCAUGAUGAAGAAAAUACUACAAGUAUUGUUGCAAAUAAACAAGAGCAAGAAUUAAUGGAAUUUGAUGAUGUUGCUGAUGAUGCUGUGUUAGUGUUUCAAAGCCUGGCAAUGGAGUUUGGGGACAAUGACUUCCACUUUGAUUAAAAUAAUUAGUUUCUUAUAUGCUUUGAUGAAUAUUAGUUGUUGAUAUUGGAAUAAAUUUGAUUAUCUCAUUGAUACUACACCAUGUUAAUUAUCUCUUCCCAUUGUAACUGAUAUUUCCAAGGCGAUCAAUACAAUAAUUAGU